AUGCCCGCAACUCCAUUCUUCGAACUUCCGCAUCGAAUGAUGCCAGUAGGUCACAAAGAACACCCUGCAAGUUUGAUACCUGUCAACUACUCUGGCGAAUCACUUCUAGAGACAACCCGCAUUGUCCGCAUUGAGCCUUUCAAGCGCAACGUUUUCGUCACCCAGCAUUCUCCACAGGCUGCCGACUUAGAAGAAUUCAAGUGGCUCUUGAUAUACGGAGGUACUGAGCUCUGGUACGAGAAGCCAUCUCGGUCAUUGUUCAAGCAGAUGAAGUCUCUUGAAGGUUUCGGUUACAACCUACCUGAGCUACAACCAUUGGCCGACGCUAGGCCCGUCAGCCUCGAAAUACCAAAGCUGCUAGCUUCUCGAGCAUUGACUACACCAACAGAUGACGAUAUAUUCGAGUGCAUGGCCGGCCACGUAUUCGAAGGCGGAUUCGCUGGUACAUGUCAUCAAUGCAGCGAAGAGAAGUCAGAGGCGUUGGAUGCGACGUCUCUCGUCUACAACCUCAUCUUGACUACGUAUCAGGCUAGUGAUUCAUUCGCACACGGCUCCCAUUUCAACGGAAAGCAGAUAUACAAGAUUAUCCGAUGCGGCAGCCGGGAAGCGGCCACCUCCGAAGCCUUCUACGCCGCGGGUGUGAAUGGGUGGAACGUGGCUUUCAGCUGUGUGACGAGGCUAGGGGAAGGCUUCGAGGACAGAAACGGCUUGGGGAAAAAGAUCGAAGAGCUGUACAUGCUUGCUGAUGAAGAGGAAGAAAGCAAUGACGACGUCGUUCGCGUCUUCUACUAA